AUGUCGACGCGAUCUUCCCCGUCUCUCUCCGUCUUUUCAGCAUGUGAGGUCUCCGACGCCCUCAUCAAGCUCGGCGUGCCCAACGGCGGACUCAUCCCCGACAUACACAUACUAUCCCCCUCCACCUCUUCCAACCUUAGGCUAUGCGCGCCCGCGUACACAGUCCAGAUGGUCCUCGCUUCCAACAAGAGUGCGCCAAAGCUCUCCCAGCACUUUGUCGACACCGCGACCGAGGGCUCCGUCAUCGUCGUCAGUGCACCACCCCAGGCCAAGAAUGCAGUCUGGGGAGGCCUCAUGACUGCAGGUGCCCAGGCGCGGGGCGCUGUGGGCGUUAUCAUCUCUGGCCGAUGUCGUGACCUUGCUGAGCACCGUGAUGCCGGCUUCCCCGUCUUCGCAAGAGGCCAUUCGACCGUUGGACAAUCACCGUUCGUCCGGCCAGCCGCAAUCAACGUUCCUCUCCACAUACCUACACAGGGUGUGGACGCUGACGGGCCAGACACCUUUCCGCCCGCAACUGUUGAACCUGGGGACUGGAUUGUUGCCGACGAAGACGGUGUCGUCUGCGUUCCCAAGAGUAAAGUGGAUGAAGUCGUCAGAAUUGCUCAGCAGGGCAAAGAAGUCGAUGCAAAGUGCAUGGAGGACAUAAAGGCAGGUAAAGGAGUGCAAGCCAGCUUUAAGUUACAUCGCGGAAAGUAG